CGAGCGCAAACGCAGUGAAAACAACGCCGAUGCGGCCUCGGCGGACGCGCGUCUAUGCGGCCUCGACGGCCCCGCGCCACGUCGGCGCGGCCUCUCGACAGCCUCCGAGUCAGUGGCCGCUCGACGCGCCCGCCGUCUAGAAGCCAUGGCAGCCCGCACCAGUGCCCGCGGCGAGCAGAGGGGGGGGAGACAAGGGACCAGGAAGAGAGAGCGGGAGGAGGCCGAGGACGAGGGCGGGGACGAGGAGGGACCGAGCAGACGGCCCAACCUCCCUGCCGGCCCCUGCGGUGCGCGCCGCGCCGCGCCCGGGCUGGGCACCUGGGCCUCAGCUCUGCGAGCAGCCCUCUUCGGAAUUGCCGCGUCCUCGUCGGCGGCGGCGCCGCCAGCGCUGGGCAGCACGGAGGGCAGCUGCGACGGGGCUGGCUGGGCCGCCAGCGGCGGCGCCGAGACGUGCAGCGACUGCUGGCCUUCGGGACGGCGGUGGCCUUCGCGGCCGGCUUUGCCGCCGGCUUGGCGGCGGGCUUGGAGACGGCCUUCGGCCACGCGCCCUGCUUGGCGGCCGCGGCCGCCUUGCGCGCGGCC